CUUCCCCAACGACGACUCGUCUUCGAAGGACGUUGACGGACUGCCGGCUACUGGAUGUACUUCCCUAACGCACUCGUGGCAAAGCUCUGGAUGAGACCGGGUCGCUCUACGCCCUCUCCGGACCUGCUGAUGGUGCUCGUACUCUGAACCGGACCGAUGAAUCAAUCAGCAGAAGCGACGAUGGUUCUCUCUUGCUUUCCGACAUCAGGUCGGAUUCUGCUUGAUUCGCUAUGCCUGUUGCUCUGGUUGUCGGCGCCUCUCGAGGUAUAGGCCUCGCACUCGUGCAGGAGCUACUCUCGCGAGAGGACACCACCGUUUUCGCAACUGUGCGCAGCGCACCUCCUCCAGAGCUUGUCGAGUCCGGCGCAAAGAUCCUGACGCUUGAUCUCACCGACGAUGCCUUCAUCGCUGGUGCAGCCGCUCAGGUGCCCGCACUGGACAUCCUGAUCGUCAGCGGGGCCAUGGGCGAGGACGACAAGCUGCAGACGACGUCGCCGGAGCGGCUACUGGAGUACCUCGACACAAACGUCGUUGGCGUGCAUAGGACUAUGCGGGCAUUCUUGCCAGCUUUGAGGAAAGGGACUGCGCCUCAGAAGAAGGUCGUCUUCAUCUCGUCUGCUUGCGGGUCGCUCGAAAUAGAGGUCAAUCAGACGCUUGGGUUCAGAGGACCGUACGCGGUGUCCAAAGCCGCGUUGAACAUGCUCACAGUACAAUAUCACAAUGAGCUCGUCAACGAGGGCAAGGAAGAUUUCAUCGUGAUCCCUCUUGAUCCUGGCUGGGUAGACACCUACAUGGGUAGACUGUCCGGAGACGGCGGCAUGCCUCCAGCUCAUUGCGCCAAAGGUAUCGCAGAUAUAGUCUGGGGUCUGAAGCCUGAGGAUAGCGCGAAGUUCUUGAGGUGGAACGGGGAGAAGGUGCCUUGGUAAAUCCCAUGCUUGAACCACCUGUCCAUAGUCUGAAUAGUCCUCGAACACGACCGAUGUACAUUCUAUCUGCAGUACAGACUGGCAAGUGUAAUUAUCUUACAUCGCUGCGGAACGCCGCUCAAUGGUCAGCUGAAUGUUGGCGAAGAGGUCCCG